AAAAAAAUGACAGUAAUCACUGAUCUUUACCAUAGUCAAUAUAUAUAAUAGUGUAUCAUUAAUUUAAUUUUACAGGAUUUAAAAAUUUAGAUUGUAUUUUUCAAAGUAUUUAUCGAAAAUAGUAAAUAAGUACUCAAAAAAAAAAAAAAAAAAAAAAAAAAAUGAGCGUAAUGGAAACUAUUAAUUACUAUUAUUACGAAUUAGCUGAUCCUCGUUUAAAGGAUUGGUUUCUAAUGGACAGCGUUUGGUAUCCCGUUACAAUAAUAUUUGCCUACAUAGUAAUUUCCUUUAAAUUAGCACCAGCCUACAUGAAAAAUCGACAAGCCUACAAAUUAAAUACAUUUAUUAAAUGUUACAAUCUUUUUCAAAUUGUUACAAAUGCUUAUAUCGUUAAGGAAUUGGUGCCCUGCUAUCCUUUUCAUCGCUUUUUUGAGUGUCGUACUAUAUUGUAUACAAAUGAUGCUAUUGGCAUGACGAUAGUAAAAUGUGGUUAUUUGACAACAUGCCUAAAAAUUCUUGACCUCAUUGAAACAGUAAUUUACAUUUUAAGGAAGAAAAAUAAUCAAAUUUCAAUAUUACACGUCUAUCAUCAUAUAAGUACCUGUCUGCUCGCCAUAAUUUUCACAAGAUAUUUUUGUGGAGAAGUGGCUUUAUUAAUACCAAUAAUGAACUGUGGAGUUCAUGUAAUAAUGUAUUCCUAUUAUUUUCUCAGCAAUUUUGAAGGACCACUUAAGCAAAUGAUCAUGCCCUUCAAACGCUACCUGACUAUUAUACAAAUGGUGCAAUUCGCAAUAAUAAUUGUACAGUUAACAAGCGCUCUAUUACAAAAAUGUGAAUUACCAAAAAUACUAAUUUUCAUAAUGUUAAUCAAUAUUAUUCUCAAUUUAAAUUUGUUUUGCCAAUUUUACAAGAACACUUACAUUAAUGCAAAAAAGAAAAAAACCCUCAAGAAUAAUUGAUAAAUAAAUUAAUAACCUAGGCAACAAAAUAAUGUAAAUAAAUAAUUACAUGUCAUUCGAAAAAAAAAA